AUGGCACCCACAACAUCGACCUCCACAUCACCCACCACGGGCCUAAUAACCUUCUAUGACAUCGCCCUCGCACCCCCCGUCCAAAAAACAGCCUGCUCCCCAAACCCCUGGAAAACCCGCUAUGCCCUGAACUUCAAAAAGACUCCCUACAAAACAACCUGGGUGCCCCUGCCCGACGUCAGCUCCGUCCGCGGGGCUCUCAAUAUCCCCGCCUCGCGCACAUUCGCCGACGGAACCCCCUACCACACCCUCCCCGUUAUCUCCGACCCAGCCACCGGGCGCAUAGUGGGCGACUCCUUUGAAAUUGCAAUGUACCUGCAGGAACAAUACCCGUCCUCGGGGGCCGGGGACUUGUUCCCGGUUCAGGAGCUGGACUUCGUCUUUGGGCAGAACUUGGAGCUUCACGCGCCAAUUGCAGAGACAAAGGGGGCGGAGGGCCAUAUUACGGCAUACGUGAAGUUUAAUACGAAUGUGGAUUCUGCAUUUACUGCGCAUACGCAGCUGAUGUUGGAUGGGUUUCCGUUCGACCCUGCUACUGCGGAGGAGUGCAAGGCGAUAUUCUCGCAGAGGGUGGGAGCACCGUGGGAGACUCUAGGGGUCAGUGAGGAUAAGAGGGGGGAGUUGUUGGGUGCAUUUGAAGAGGCCCUGAGUGGGCUUGCGAGCUUGUAUAAGAAGGAUGUGAGUGGACCGUUUCUGAAGGGGAGCAAGGCAAGCUAUGCGGAUUUUAUUGUGGGGGGAUGGUUGCGUAUGAGUCGAGGCAUGUUGCCGGCGAAGGAAUGGAAAGCGUUGAAGGGGUGGCAUGACGGUGUAUUUGGAAGGUUAGAUGAGGCGCUGGAGGCGUUUGCGCAGAUGGACUAG